AAUCUCAAUCCUCCUACAACUGCGAUGGAGAAUCGAGAUUCUUGUUCGGUCGGGCAAACCGUGCGGGUAGGAUCGAAUUUCGAAAGUCGUAGUAGUAAAAACACCCUUUUGUUGAAUUGCUGGGCCGUCGCCAAUGAACGCACUAUCGUCUGCAAACAUUUCGUGCUUUGUGUUUGAAUACAUUUUACGUAUUGAACUGAAAAAAUGUGCCUUAAUUUUGGAAAGAACUACACAGCUUUUGACAGAAAUGCGAACGUCGAGAGUUUCAACUUAACUCAAGAUGCUAAUGGCGGAGAGAUCGACCCAGAAAUGACCCCCGGACUGUUCCAGGGAGAUAUGGCGUUAAAUAAUGACUUGUAUAACUACUGGCGUGUUGGUAUAAAAUGGGAUGCUUUUCCAGAAAAACUAUGGAAAAACGGCAUUGUGCCUUACAUGAUCAGCCCUUUAUAUGAACCAACCGAACAAGUUACAAUAUUAAAAGCAAUCAAGACCUUCAACUUUAUGACGUGCGUGCGAUUCGUCCCUUGGGAUGGAAAAACUAAAGACUACCUUUUGAUUUGGCCCAUCAAGUACCCGAAAGGCUGUUGGUCAUUUGUUGGUAGGUUUGGUGGAUCCCAAAUAGUGAGCCUUCAGCCUCCUGAUGGCUCAGGCCCAAAUUGCUUGGGGUCUGAGGGUCGUGCCAUACAUGAGUUAAUGCACGCUUUGGGUGUUUUUCACGAGCAAUCUCGUUGGGACAGAGACAAAUUUGUCAAAAUACACGAAGAAAACAUCAUUCCUCGAUAUAAAUCAAAUUUUGAUAAACAGAGUCUAGACAACACCACCUACAGCUUCGAGUACGACUACGACUCCAUAAUGCACUAUGGAAAGCACUUUUUCAGCAAAAGCAAGAGCAAACCAACUAUAACUACCAAAAUGGGCCACACGAAGAAAAUCGGCCAAAGAAAAGCGAUGUCCAAGGGAGAUUGCCUGAAACUCAACGACUUAUAUGGAUGUCUCAGCAAUUCGAGAACCAAAAGGAAAUAUUAUAAUUUGUGCAAUUUUAUGGGCAUUUGAUGGUUUUUUUGUCCACUAAAAUUGGAAAUUAUAUUUAUUUAUAUAACAACUUGUUUUCCGAGUCUAGUCUAUAAAAUACGUACGUAUAAAACGUAUCUCUGAAUAAAUGAACUAAAAAAUUA